AUGUUCACACUCCGUCGUGGUCUUCCGUCAAGACUCCUCUCUCAUUCUCGAUUCUCAUCGAGCUUCUCCAACCUCGAGUCCAGCCUCCAGGCCCGCCAACUACCCAUCCUCUACGACUACCUGACUCCUCAACCCUCCCACCUCCUCACCACCACGCUCGCCGACUUCCUCCCUUUCCUCUCCACUGAUGUUCCCUUUCGUCUCCCCUCGACAUCUUCCCCCGUCCCCCUCCCAAUCAGCCACCAUCUCGUCUACUUCCCCACCCCCACCACACCUUCCUCCCUUCUCCCAGAUGGCACAGACACCCUCCACUCGCCCGGCGAACCCUUCACGAAUCGGCUCUGGGCAGGAGGCCAUAUCCGCUUCCUAGAACAGAACAAGCCCCUUCUAGACGGCACCCGAGUCGCCAUUGUUGAGGGAAUCCGCUCCGUCCGCGUCUCGGGACAGGCAGGCGCGGAAAAAAAAAAGUCUUUGUGGGAAUCGAACGACGCGUCGCACAUGUAG